AUGGCUAAAAAGAAGACUUUAUCUCAAGAGUUUGCUGAUCUCUUGAAGCCCCAAACAUUCGACUACGAUAUCGAGGAUAGUGAAAGAAUUGAUGCUGAUGAUGAUGAAAAUAACCAAAGUUCUGGAGAUGAAGAUGAUGAACUCAAGAAACAACAUUAUGUGAAGAUGAGUAAGAGUAAAUUGAGAAAGGAUGAGUUGAAUGUCAAUGACGCAAAGUAUAAAGGGGAUACCAUUAGCAGAAAAGAUUUGUACGGAUCAGUAGGGAAUAAUAUUGAUGAAAAUGCAUCUGAAGACAAUGAAUCUGACGACAAUGAAAGUGAAGAUAAUAACGAAGAAGGUGAAGAAAGCGAUUCAGGGGUUGACUUGAGUGCAGAGUCUAGCGACGAAGAACAAGAGCAGUCGGAUGAUGAGGAGGACCAUAAUGAUGAAGGCGAUGAACACAAAAGAGAUAAGAUUAAGGCAUUAAUGAAUACUGAAACUCAAUCAGACUCCCUCAAGGGUCACUUUGUUUUACAGCAACAGUCUCUCUAUGAUUCGAUAGUUGACUCACGAAUCAAGUUCCACAAAGGUUUGAGCACUUAUAAUCAAUUCCCACAAACAGCAGAAAAUGUCAAGAAAUUUAGUGAUGAAAAAACUGAGAAAUAUAUUAAAAAAACCGAAUCGGCUUUAUUUUCUUUGAUGGAUGCUGUUCUCGAGUUGAGACUUGCCAUGUACAAAAAGGAUAAAAUUGUCAAACAGGAUAAGGAGAUGAACAACAAGAAGAGAUCUUUAGACUCGUAUUUGCAGGAAUCUGAAGUCUUGGAUAAUACUUUGCAAGUGUACAGAAACGCCGUUUUGACUAAAUGGUCUCAAAAAGUUCAAUCGGCCUCAGGAUCCGCUGCUUUAAAUGCCUCCAAAUUCAAGGCUGUUAACCAAACUGCCGCGGUCCAAGUAGAAAAUAAUUUGUCUAAUAUGGAAAGAUUAUUGAAAAGAACAAAAUUGAAUAGAAGAAAUGUUAAACCUUUGGGAUACGUACCGCCAGAAUCAGACUCAUCUACUAAAAAGGCUGCGUUCGAUCCAUUACUCCAAGAAAACGAUAAGAUUUUCGAUGAUGAAGAUUUUUACAGACUUUUAUUAAGGGACCUUAUUGACAAAAAGGUGAGCAAUUCUGCGUCAACAAGUGAGGCAAACAUUAUCACAUUGUCUAAAGUCAACAAAUUCAAAAAGAAUGUGGAUACCAAGGCUUCAAAAGGCCGUAAACUUAACUAUAAAGUGCAAGAACAACUUCAAAACUACAUGGCACCAAAGUUUGAAGCUGGCAGAUGGGAUGACUAUCAAAUUGAUGAAUUUUUUGCCGGCUUGCUUGGCCAAAAAAUCAACAUGAAUGAAGAUGAUGAUGAAGACAGAGACGAUGAGAAAGUUGAAGAAGCAACAAAAGCGGAAGAAGAAGCGCUUGCAAACGAUGACAUCAAGCUUUUUGGCUGA